UUUAACUCCGCAGAAGAAGAAGAAGAGGCGGAAGUAGCGUCACCGUUAGCUGUAUGCUAGCUGAUGCUAAGGCUUUAACCUAAAGGCAUGUCUACAGCCUCCAAGGUGGUUCUGACGGCGUCUGUGGUUCUGACUGUGGGCACGGUGGCUGGGGUCCACCUAAGGCAGGCCUGGGACCGAGAGCGCCUCCACGAGGGCGUAGUCCGGGACCUGGAGCGUCUGCAGCGGAAGAAGGAGAACCUGCGGCUGCUGGAGGAGCAACAGGUUCUGACCCGACAGCUGGAGGAGCAACAGGUUCUGACCCGACAGCUGGAGGAGCAACAGGUUCUGACCCGACAGCUGGAGGAGGAGAGGCAGCGGCGAGAGGCCAGGCUCCGCCCACAGGACACCUGAGGCAGGUAAACCCGCGCUGAUGGACAG